GUUUCAAUUAAAUCGCUGUAGUAAAACAUCGAUAUCGGUGACGUUUUCUUUUUGAAGUUGAGAUAGCCAACUGGCCAAAUCUUCAAAAGGUUUGAGCUCAGUUGACGUUCGUCUAUUUUGAAGUUGACGUGUUUGAAUUUCUGUCUAUUUUUUAGUCUAUAGAUAUUACAAAAUAGACCGCUUGCUUCGAAGCUUGUUUAUUUAAUCAUAAUUGCUGGUUUCAAUUUCGAUAAUAUGGAUAAUAACCAUCGUAGAAAUGUAUCUCAAUCAAAAAAGUAUAAAAAAGGUAUUUCAAAGAAAUCUAAGCAUGAAAAUAUGGAAGAGAAAACUGGGGAAGCCAAGUUUAAAGAAGCCCAAAUAAAAUUACAACAACUAGUUCAGAAACAUUUAGAAGACAAGAAUAUUUCUUCUUCUGAUGAAGAAGAAGAAUUAGAGACAAAUAAUAUUUUAGGGUCAGUAAUCAAGAAGUAUUCACAAUAUGGUGGAAAAAAUGAAGAUUUAGAACGUACACAGAAUUUUUUAGAAAAUGUAUUUCAUUCUGGUGCAGCUGCUUGUUUGAUUUGUAUAGCAACAGUUAAACGAAAUGAUCAAAUCUGGAGUUGCUUAUCUUGUUUUGGAUUUUUCCAUUUAUUAUGCAUUCAAAGAUGGGCUAAAGAUAGUAUUGCUCAUCAAAAACUUGCUGCUGAAGAAAGACCUAGUUCGAAAACAAGCUUCAUCAUAUGGCAGUGUCCUAAAUGUCGUAAGGAUUAUGAACAAACAUCAGUUCCAGAUGCUUAUUUUUGCUUCUGUGGCCAAAAGCAUAAUCCUGAAUUUCAACCAUGGUUAGUCCCUCAUUCGUGUGGCGAAGUCUGUAAUAAAAGUCUUUCUCCUUCCUGUGGACACUAUUGUUUAUUAUUAUGCCAUCCAGGACCAUGCCCUCCUUGCCCCAAAACCAUUUCAGUUAGUUGCUAUUGCAAGAAGGGUGAAAGGAAAAUUGUUCGCUGCAGUGAAAAGGAAUGGUCUUGUGGUGCUGUUUGUGAAAAGAUACUCCAAUGUCAACAACAUCAUUGUCCAAAAGUAUGUCAUCUGGGCCAUUGCCCUCCAUGUGGUAAGACUUCACUUGUCAGUUGUGAUUGUGGUGCUGAAAAGUCACUUAGGCUUUGUACUCAACUUCAAUGGCAUUGUAAUAAGGUUUGUGGAAAUCCAUUGAGUUGUGGAAAACAUAUUUGUGAUAAAGUUUGUCACAAAGGUGAAUGUGGAGACUGCCCACGCAGCCUUCCAAGAACAUGCCCCUGUGGCCGAAACACUUUAACUAUACCAUGUGUUGAAGAUGUUAUUACUUGUGGAGAAACCUGUGGGAAACUGUGUGAAGCUGGGGUCCAUGUAUGUCCUCAGCGGUGUCAUAGAGGAGCAUGUCCAAUGUGUUUGGAAGUAGUUGUAAAGACUUGUCAAUGUGGAUUACGCCAAAAAGAGGUUUCUUGUCAUCAGAAGGCAUACCUUUGUGAUGCAAAAUGCAAGAAAAUGAGAGACUGCAAUAUACAUCCUUGCAACCGUAAGUGUUGUGAUGGUAAUUGUCCUUCUUGUGAACGGCCUUGUGGUAAAACUUUAUCUUGUGGUAACCAUAAGUGUUCUUCUGUCUGUCACCGUGGCCCUUGUUACCCCUGCAAUGUAGUGAAAGAGGUGUCAUGCAAGUGUGGAAGCACCCUUGUAACGGUUCCUUGUGGCGCUGCCAGACGAACCAAUCCUCCUAGGUGCAAUAAACCAUGCAAAAAUCCACCAAAAUGUGAUCAUCUGAAGAGAGAAGAACAUAAAUGUCAUUAUGGAGAUUGCCCGCCAUGUAGGCUUAUUUGUGGCAUUAAGAAGGAAUGUGGGCAUUCUUGUCCUGAAAUAUGUCAUACUGCAUUAUAUCUUCCAAAGGAAGAUUAUAAAGCUGCUACACCGUGGGAUGUCGUAAAUACUCCAUACGAAUUCAAGAGAUUACCAUGUCCCAGAUGUGAGGCUCCCAUAGAAAUACCCUGCUUUGGUGAGCAUUUGAUUCUGAAACUGCCUUGCUAUAGGGCGAAACCUCAAUGUUGUGGGCAAGAGUGUGGGCGCCGGCUGCAAUGUACUAACCAUGUUUGCACUUUUCUGUGCCAUGUUGUGGAAAAUGCAUUAUCUAAGAUUGUAAGUGGAUCUAAUUGUGAAGAAUGUAGCCAGGACUGUAGUAUAGAACGGGAUUGUGGUCAUCCAUGCCCUCUUCCUUGUCACCCAGGUGAUUGUGAUCCUUGCAAAGCAAUCUUUAAGAUCAGAUGCCUAUGUGGUUUAUCCCAGUUAUUUAUUAAUUGCAAUGAUUGGACAUCAACAGAAGACAAAGAAGCUCUUCAGUCUUGUGGAAAUCGUUGUCCUAAGAAUGUAAUAAUUUUUCAGUUGAUCCAUAAAAGUUUAGAGUAUUUCUUCUUGUUAUCAGGACAGUAAUUUUGGUCUAUUACAGUAUGCAUGUGGGCACAGGUGCUUUUCCCAAUGCCACAGUGGAGAAUGCCCUCAAAUUCCUCCUUGUCGUAAGAAAGUAAAAGUAAGUUGUGGCUGCCAUCAGCUUAAGAAGGAGUUACCCUGUCAUCUCGCAUGCCAACUCAGUUGUGAUGAUACUUGUAAUCAACUUAAAGCCGAAAAGCUGAAAAAAGAAGAAUCUGAGCGUGAGAUGAAGAGGCUUGCUGAGGAAAACAAGAAUAAAGAAGAACUUCUAAAGUACGAAAAGAGAAUGCAAGGAGGGAAGAGGAGGGAGAGAAGGAAGGCUAUAGAAACCAAUGAAGAAUCCUGGUUGGCUGCUAAUUUAAUGAUGAUAACAGGAGUUUCUGUUCUUACUAUAUCUGUUAUUAUUGGGUUUUAUUAUGCUAUUUAUUCAAUGAAUCUAUGAAUCUGAUGUGUUGAUUGUUAUAUUAUUGUUCUAACUGUAGCUUCACCUAAAAUCUUGGGUGAUUUAUCAAUUCUGAAAG